AUGCCGCAAUCUUUGACCAUCAGCACCCCCCCAUCAAGUUCGGUUAAGAGGCAACGAUCUCAGGAGUUUCCCAUCAAUGUUUCCAGACCAGCCUCCUCUGGGCAGGGGCCGUCGAAUGGGUCAACGGUCGAGCAUGAUCCCUCAGCACGACAGAUCACUGUCAAGAUCCCGUCCUACUUGAGUAAAACUCGGACGCAGAUCUCAACGGCCUUCCAAGAUCUGGAGUGGAAGCAGCGAUAUCGCCUUCAACAUGCCUUUCAAAAUCCAGACUCAUCGCCUUUCCGGGUUGAUCGUUCACAGACUGUCAUCAGCCGUAAUCGCUACGGAAAUGUCCAACCUUGGGAAACCUCAAGAGUCAAACUGAAGAAACCCAUCGGGGGGUCAGACUAUGUCAAUGCCUCACCCAUUAAACUCAAGAGUCGAUUCUUAGGUGCCAAACCGAAUAAUAGCGCUUCGACACCCGCCUCAACGGACCAGCCUUCGCGAUCUGAACCUCCAGGGAUUGAGAGCAAGUACAUUGCCACUCAAGGGCCCAAAGAAGGACAAUUUUCUCAUUUCUGGCACAUGGUCAUGCAGGAAACAACAGGGGAUGUAGGUGUGAUCAUCAUGCUGACACAAUUGUACGAGGGAAACAAGGAGAAAUGUGCCCAAUACUAUCCAGCCGACAUGGAAAACCCCACCAUUGGUCUCCUUGCGCACGAGGAUGGAAAUGAAGACGAAUAUACUGAGGCUGCGGACGACGGUGACCCUUUCCUGGACUCCCCUACCAUGAGCGCCGAUGCUGAUAGUGAAGGAAUAGAUUCUGAAUCCGAAAAGCCUGGGCCCCAGACCAAUCAAUCAGAUGAAUCGCGAGAGCAAUGUGGAACGGUCUCCCUCCUCUCCUGGCAUUAUGACGCGAAGAUUGCUUGUGAAGUUCGAAAACUGAAGCUGACAAUCGACGAUGAAUCCAAGGAGAUAUAUCACUAUUUCUUCAAUGGCUGGCCCGAUUUUGGAAAGCCAGAAGCCGAAGACAGAGCAGCUCUUCUGGAACUCACAAAAGUCUCCAAAAGUGUGGCAGGAGACUCUCCUCGAAUUGUUCAUUGCUCUGCCGGCGUCGGCCGAACAGGGACAUGGAUUGCGUUGGAUUUCCUUCUGCAGGAACUCGAAGCAGGAAGGCUUCUCGAACCAUCAUCACCACCGAACACCUCAACAUCGACAGAAUCUAAUGGGACUUGGGGCAAAAGCGGUCCUCCCAAAGCGAGCACGCCUGAUCCGAAAGAGGAAGAUGACGUUAUUUGGGAUACCGUCAAUACCCUACGCGAGCAACGGAUGAUGAUGGUCAUGAACGAGCUACAGUACAGUUUCUUGUACGAAGUGCUUAAGGAUGCCUUUGUCGAGAAAUAUGCGGCAAAGGAGACGGGUCCGAUGGUUUUUGAGGUUCAGGAACCGAGUCCGAAGGUAGCAAGGAGAAAAUCUCCCUUCGGCGGCAUAUAUCGAGGGACCCGCGUGGGGAAUGUCAAAGGAGACGAGGAUACCGUGUCAGAAGUUGAAAUGGAUUCGGAGGCAGAGACGGAGAUUAUGGAGAAGGGUAGUAUGGAUGUUGAUACCAAGGACGAACAAAAACAGGAGGUGAUGGAUGAGGAUCCAUAUGCGGCUGUGGCGCCCGAGACGAUUCGCGAAGGACAAGGGAAGGAGGAGCAGAGUGAGGUACGUGACCACGAGGCGAAAUGA